CAUUGUGUCAGCUCCUUACAGGUGCCUAUACUGAUCAUCUCCAGGACCUUUUAAGUAUCUUCCCAUCCCUAUCUGUGCAUUUCCUGUAUUUGUGUAUUAUUUGACACAUAGUAGACACUCAGUAAAUAUGCUAUACAAAACCCGCUUUGGGGGCUAGGGAUAUAGCUCAGUUGAUAUGCACAAGGACCUGGGUUUAAUCCCCAGCACUACAAAAGGAAAACAAAAUGUCAAAAUCUGCUUUUUGAAAUUAUCUUAAAAGGUUGAAUAUUGGUCAUUCCACAUGGUCCACUGAAGAAGCAAACAAAAUAAUAUUAUUGAGUAUCAGUAAUUACCAGUAUCAGACAAUGUUAUAAGUGCUUUUGGUUUAUCUCAUUUAAUCCUUAAAACUUAUAGACAUCAUUAUUAACCAUAACUUAAAAGUUCUUUUAGAAAGUCUAGACUCAGGUUAAAUAAUUUGCCCAAGAUCACACGGGCAGGGUGUAAAUUCUAUAUCUGCUUGCCAUAACUGAAGGGCUUCUCCCUCCCUGCAGACAAUGCUGAGCAAGGGUCUGAAGCGCAAGCGGGAGGAGGAGGAGGAGGAAGAGAAGAAGGAGGAAAAGGAGAAGGAAAAGGAAACCCUGGCAGUCGACGCCUGGUGGCUGGAUCCUGGCCACCCAGCAGUGGCACAGGCACCCCCAGCUGUGGCCUCCAGCUCCCUCUUUGACCUCUCUGUGAUCAAACUUCACCACAGCCUGCGACAGAGUGAACCAGACCUACGGCACCUGGUGCUGGUGGUGAACACCCUGCGGCGUAUCCAAGCAUCCAUGGCACCCACAGUUGCCUUGCCAUCUGUGCCCAACCCACCCCCGGCCCCCAGCAUGGAUGAUAACCUCCUGGCCAGCUCUGAUGCCGCCCUCUCGGCCUCUGUGGCCAGCCUCCUGGAGGACCUCAGCCACAUUGAGGACCUUAACCAGGCUCCACAACCACCAGCAGAUGAGGGGCCUCCAGGCCGCCCCAUUGGAGGAGCCCCACCCAGUUUGGGUGCCUUGGACCUGCUAGGCCCAGCCACUGGCUGUCUGUUGGACGAUGGGCUUGAAGGCCUAUUUGAGGACAUUGACACCUCCAUGUAUGACAGUGAACUUUGGGCACCAGCCUCUGAGGGUUUCAAACCUGGCCCUGAGGAUGAGCCAGGCAAAGAGGAGGCUCCAGAGUUGGAUGAGGCUGAGCUGGACUACCUCAUGGACGUGCUGGUGGGCACACAGGCAUUGGAGCGGCCGCCGGGGCCAGGGCGUUGACCCCCAGGGCUGGGAUGGUUGUCUGGCACCUGAAUCGAGCCUGAUGGCUGGACCAAUCCCCCUUGGAAAGACAUAGCUGGCUCCCUAGCACAGACAGGGGGGGCUUGGGCCUCUUUGGAGAGAAUGAAUCCAGUCCUGGGCACAUUACAUGUGUCUUCUUUUGUUGAGGCUGGUGGAAGAGGACUGACCCCUAGUGAUGGAAUGACAGGGCCUGGUGGCUGGAGUGUGAUUGGGUCAGGCCCCAUGCUGGACUGAAUCCUGUGGGGUCACAGCCUGGGCUAUUCCUUCCCGAAUAUGGGAGGAGAUAGCAACUCAUUUUUUGAAAUUAAAACCAGGCCCUAGGAAGUCU